UCAGGGGACUAACCAUUAAAUGCUUGUUACUCGUUGCGAAAAUGAAUAUGAAUUAUAGUCGGAGCUUAAUUCGGGUCCUAAUUGGGCUCAUGCUCCUGUCCCUGGCGGAUUCUCUGGUGCACUAUUGGAAACUGGAAGCAGGCGCAGAAGAAGGGUGCAAAUUCGAAGACCGCGACCUUAAAAUAGAUGAAACGGCGAAGAACCCAGAUGUGUGCGGGGUCCUAGCAUGCCAGAACAAUCAAGGCGACGCCCUCAUUCAAUACUGCCAAAUACCAGCCGUCUUUGCAGGCUGUGAUGCAGAUUCCGUGAAGACGGACGCGGAUUGGCCCGAUUGUUGCUGGCUUUGCGUUACGGAGGUGAACUGUGCCAAACACGAAGUAACAACCACGGAGGAGCCCCUCUAAUAGUUCAUAUAUUUACCCAUGCAAAAUCAUGGAUCAUGGCGGAAUAAAUCAAGCUGGAGACUUUGGGGCACCUGCCCUUGCAACAGGUCUCAGUCUCAUCUUACCCCCCAA